UACUAAACAAAGCUUGAGAUUAGAAGUAUGUGCCUGUCCACAUGCUUUGCAUACUAUAAGCAGUGUUUAUAGUAGUGCUUUGUUUCGUGUGUCUCUCUCUCUCUCUCUCUCUCUCUCUCUCUCUCUCUCUCUCUCGUGUGUGUGUGUGUGUGUCUGUGUGUGUGUCUCUCUCUCUCUCUCUCUCUCUCUCUCUCUGUGUGUGUGUGUCUGUGUGUGUGUGUGUCUCUCUCUCUCUGUGUGUGUCUGUCUGUUUGUGUGUGUCUGUCUGUGUGUGUGUGUGUGUGUGUGUGUGUGUGUCUCUCUCUGUCUGUCUGUGUGUGUGUGUGUGUCUCUCUGUGUGUGUGUGUGUCUGUCUCUGUGUGUGUCUCUCUCUCUCUGUGUGUGUGUCUGUGUGUGUGUGUGUGUCUGUCUGUCUCUCUGUGUGUGUGUGUGUGUGUGUCUGUCUGUCUCUGUGUGUGUGUGUGUGUGUCUCUCUGUCUGUGUGUGUGUGUCUCUCUGUCUGUGUGUGUGUGUCUCUCUGUCUGUGUGUGUGUCUCUCUGUCUGUGUGUGUGUCUCUCUGUGUGUGUCUGUCUGUUUGUGCGUGUGUGUCUCUGUCUCUCUGCGUGUGUGUCUCUGUCUCUCUGCGUGUGUCUCUCUCUCUCUGCGUGUGUCUCUCUGUCUCUCUGCGUGUGUGUCUGUGUGUCUGUCUGUGCGUCUGUGUGCGUGUCUGUCUGUGCGUCUGUGUGCGUGUGCGUGUCUGUCUGUGUGCGUGUCUGUCUGUGUGUGUGUGUGUGUAGAUGCAUGAGGAGGAGUGUGUGUCUCUGCAGGUGUCUCUCAGUGUGGUUGGAGCAUUGGAGUGUGUAGUGCAGCGCUGUCUCGGUCCAGAGGGUGGAAGUGUGCUAUUCACUCGAGACACAGGAGAAACCCUCAUCACCAGACAUGGAGAACGUGUUCUCAGCACACUACACCUGGAGCACCCAAUGGCCAGGAUGGUGUUGGAGUGUGUGUGUGCACAUGCUAAAGUUACUGCAGACGGCACAAAGUCGUUCAUUCUCCUGUUGGCUGCACUGUUGCGAGGAAUUCGGGACUCUGCGCACAAACACGGCAAAGGAUACUUGAACGCCCUCCGCCUUGGAAAUCUUGCCAUUCAGCUGCUGGCUCUCAGCUGGAAAGAGUUGGAUGAUGUCAUAGCUCACAAAAUUAUCCCAUACGCCUCUUUGCACUGCAGUCACCAUGUUUACAACUUAGAGGGCAGCGUCUUAGAUUCGUUGGUUGGUGGGUAUAUCGCUGGACGAGUCGGUAUUGGCCAGGCUGACGUACUGAAACGUGUUCUCUGCGAGUUCUACCACAAAGUCAGCCAAGAUCAGAACGCGGAAGAAACAGUAGCGUUCCUCCAUUUGCAUUUCCCUCUGUUGCACACGCCAGUGUCAGGACUUCCUGUCGGCUGCUCGGAGGUGAUUGAAGGGCUGGUCGUGAAUCGUGAUUGGUCAGUGUGGACUGAACUAGCAGGACCAUUGAAAGCACUAGUUGUAUAUGAGAGUUUUGGGCCUUGCCUUGAGGUUGAGGUAGGUGACAACAUAUCUGUGUGUCUUCAACAUGACUGGAUGUCCCGUACAGAGAUCAUAUUAGAACAAAGGUUAGCAAAUCUUUUGGACUUAAAUAUAUGUGUGGUGUUGUCUUCCGUGAAACAGCCUGAAAUUGUGUUGCAAUGGGCUCGUCUGAAGCAUGUUGCUCUGUUGGAGUGUGUCGACUCAGCACAACUGGACUUGCUUUGCAACAUCAGUACUACAAAUACACUCCCUAAUCCGCCACUUCAACAUCUCAUAAUGCUAAAGUUCUGUAGCCGCGUACAGCUCGGAGGACACAGGUAUGCUUGUCUGGGAACGUUCCCUCAAGGUGUGCUUCAAACACACACGCUUGUUCUUUGUGCACCUGCGCCGGGACUGCUCGACCAGACUGUGUGCGUGAGCCAAGGCGUCUUCACGAUGCUGCGACACCUGUGUCAGUCGACCAUUAGUACACAAAGUCUCCGAAAUAAUCGCACAGAUUCUCUGUAUGAUCAGUUUCAAAGCUCUGUUCUGGACCAAUCACAAAGUGCUCUUUCACCUCAGGACGUAUGGGGUCGAAUUAUUAGAGCUGGUGGAGUGCUACCUGUUGGUGGCAUUUUUGAGUUCCUGCUACAUCACUUCCUUUUGAAUGACCGUAACCAUGGUGACUCAGAGAUCUGUAGGAUUUUGGCAGAAGCAUUGCUGAGUGUGCCUAGAACUUUGAACUUUCACAGUCGCAGACGCUUCCUGGAACUCCAAACGCAUUUCUUAAGAGAUCUUAAGAAAUGGGACGAGACCAAAGGUCCUGAGCUAAAGUUUGGGCUUGGGUUAAAUGGCGUUUCAACAUCUCCACUGUGUUUAGAGUCAGUCAGUGGAAAACAGCAGCUGGUUGUUUCUGUGUUGCAGUGUUUGAACAGACUCUUAUGUGUGGGGGCCAUUCUACACACCCACCGCUCUAAAAUAUUUCCUGGCCCUCAAGCAUACUCCGAGGAAGAUGAGGAAGGAAUCCAUUCAAACAACACAACUACUGGAUGAGCUAUACUUUACAUCCAAGACUAUAUUAUUCAGUCACCUGCUACAUACAGAUCCUAUACACAUUAACCUCUGACUGGUGUUUACAGUGGGCCCCCCCCAAAGGCUUUACAUUUACGUCUUGAGGCUUUACUUUUGAAACCGUGUGUAUUUCAAUGUUUAUGGACUGGCCCCUUUCACCUCCAUUGUAAGUGCCUCACUGUAACAGCUAUUUUUGCUUUCUUUUAAAUAAACCAGGGACAAAUCAAAAUAAUUUUCUGUGGUAAUCAGCAUCAUGCUACAAAUACUGUCUCUUGAGCUUAACUUGUGUUGAACCCGGCACAUUCAUAGUCAUAGCAUUCGAUUAUUCAAUCUCAAACCAAGUGGCAUCUGAAAAUAAAUGAUGCUAGAGCUUUGUUCAGAACUAACUUAACUUUUUUGAGCCAUUUUUAGAAUUACUUUGAACUAACAGGUCCCAAGAUUAUUUUUUUUGUGGAUGUAUGAAGUCCUAUCCCCUCAAGUUCACACCCACAGGUGGAGUUCACCAAUAUUUGGCAACCAGAAAAUGGCAAACACUAAAUAUCCAAAAAAAAAUUUAUCAGUUUAAACUAAACAAACCUCUCUUUUUUUUUUUUUUGCUUAAUUAUUUUUUAACUUUUUUUUUUUUUUUUUAGCUAUUUAACAGUAAAUGCCAUUUGUUUUGAUAUUUUGUUGUGCAACUACAUGCAAUUCAUACAUUUAAAGUGUGAUUUAAAUAACCAAAUAAUUUUAGGGGCCACUGUAUUUUGU